GUCUCUCUUCACUCCCUUUCGUGCGCUCUCCGCCACGCACGCUUCUGCAGCAAGGAUGAAGGGCAGUGCCGUAGACGCUUCGGCGAUCGUCGGGCAAGCAGAGGGCCCGUUCGCCGUAUCGUACACGCGAAGAGAUCUCAUCAUCUAUGCCCUUGGGAUAGGAGCGGAGACAAGGAGAUUUGUCGAUGAGAACGACGUCGCGUUCGGCGCGUUUCCGACCUACCCUCUGGUCUUGCCCUACAAGGGGACCUCCUCGGACAUUGUUCCUUUUCCUGGCCAAACGUUGUUUUUGCUCCCUCAAGCGCUCCGUGGUGUCGUGAACACUGGGGCUAUCCUGCACUACGACCAGUCAAUCGACGUUCUUGAGCCGCUGGAGCCCAGAGGAGCGGAACUUGAGAGUUGUUCGGUGGUGUUGGGGGUUUACCGACGGAGAGGAGGCGUGCUGCUGCGAACCAAGACCACGCUGAAGGACAGGAGUGGGCGGACAUUGACGGAGACGACUCAGGGCACGUUCAUGCGAGGCCUCGAGAUAACAGGCGACGUUGGCCCAUCACCACCCCCGCGCGCGAACCCUCCCACGGCCCCCCCAGACGUGGUGGCCGCGGUGACGGUUUCGCCCCAACAGGCACUAUGGUACCGCUUGUCCGGAGACUACAACGCCAUACACGUGGAUCCGGAGGCAGCGACGGCGGCCGGUCUUGAGAGGCCUAUUCUCCACGGGCUCUGCUCGCUAGGUAUCGCCACGCGGGAAAUUUUGCAGCAUUUUUGUCCAGAAGAUCUGUCUUCGGGGCUGGUAUCUCUCUACUGCCGCUUCUCCAAGGCGGUGUUUCCGGGUGAUGUCCUCCACGUAAAAAUGUGGGGACGAGCUGCUUCGCAUGUGUGGAGUAGCGGCGGCGAUGGCAACGAUACCGGGAAUGAUCGAAUGGGUUCAGCAGCAGUAACAGGGGCGGAGGGAGCACCACCAGCAGCGGGAGUAAACGGCGGUGCGGCGAUAGGAAUCGCGGAAGACGGACGGAGCAGCAGCAGCUCAGCCACCACCUGCGCUCGACGGGGGCACCGCGGAUUAGUACCUCACCGAGGAAGGGUGUGGGGUUCUAGUACUCCUACCAAAGCGGCACGCGAGACCGAGGAGAGGUCACAACAACAAGGGGUGGAGGAGGUUCGGUUCGAAGUUUGCUCGCCCAGACUGGGGGGUGCUGUUGUCGUCGCCGAUGGCAGAGCCGUCGUCAGGAGGGGGAAGAGGUUCGGGGAAGGGGUGCUCAAGGGGGGAGUGAGGGCUCCGCGAAAUCGAUCCAGGUUGUGAUGGUCGGUUGAUUGCUCUCGAAGUGGGUCUUCGGUGGGACGACGAUCGGUGCUCACCGCAACCACGGGUAGCAACAGCACUUGAUCGUGGCGAAACGAACAAGAAAAACACAGGGUGUUCUAUGUGUUUGAUUCUGUUGGGUGUGUCAACCAGGCACGCGCUGCCGGCGAAUCAGCUACUUUUGUCGACCGUUGGUGUCAUAACUAUGGACAUGUGUGCGUGAUUCUUGUCCCGAAGUGCUCUCCGCAAAGCAUACGGUCAAGGACAAGCCUGUGGCGAGAAAAAAAUUGUCAGCGUCAAGGAACAUCCAUUUUCUUCGAGACACCAGCACGAAGAGGGCGGCCUGAUUAUGGGUGGCGGCACAAACAGCACACUUUCAGGGAUUAGAUGUAGGCUUCAGUGUCGUGCAUCUUUGUCUAAAACGAGAGCCAUUCAGUGCGA